AUGGCACGGGUCAGAAUAGACGUGAUUGACGGCUCCAUCGAUCCGUCAUCCGUCAAUGCCGACUUGAUGUCCGAAGUGUAUCAGUCGUGCUACCUACCGACACAGCUUAAGCACGGGAACGUGGAUCUUUGCGACGACGAAUACAGGUGUGACCUGAGCGAGGAGUUCUUCAGAAUGCUGGGAGAGAAGCUUCCCCACCGCAUGCUUCUGGUGCUGGCGCGCAACACGAAGAAGGGUGACGAGAUCAUGGGUGGCUCGAUGUGCUUUAUCAAAGACGGCCACAUCUUCGGCAGAUACUGGGGGUUCCGCGAUCCUGAGAAGGCCCCAUUUCUGCACUUCGAAUGCUGCUACUACAAGGUCAUUGAGCAUGCCAUCCAGCAUCGCUAUUCGCGGAUCGAACCGGGGAAUGGCGGGGGGGAUAUUUAUAAGGUUCCGGGCGAUGGCACAAUACGCACUCUGGAAGGGAGCGACCCAGAACUUCUCUCCAGAAUGAUUGGGACUGGCACGCAGGGGAAGACCUUUCUUGUGAAAGUGAGGGACAAGGACGGUGAGCACGAGAGAUCUGGAUCAUUUUCCGGAUCCCCGGUCUACGUGGUCAAGGAAACGCACGACAAGAAUGCUGCGGCUUGCGCAGAACUCAAGCACGAGUUCGAGCGAAUGAAAGGUCUACUUCACCCCAACAUCACCAAGGUCGUCGAGUUGCUGGAGGGGCGGGUGCCCGAGGACGGCACCUGGAAGGAUUGCCUCUACGUCGUUUACGAGCAUGCAGUGGGUGGAGACCUCUUCAACUACAUGCAGAGCAUGAUCCGGCACGAUGCCGCGAGCUCUGUCACAGAGGCUUGGGUCGCGCAGGUUUUCCGCCACGUCCUGCUGGGAGUCUCAUAUCUUCACAGUGAACGAAUCGUGCACAACGACCUCAAGCCGGAGAACCUCUUGUGCAUGAAAGAGUUUGAUCCUGCCCGUCCUGAUCAAGUCCCGUGGGUCACCAUCACCGAUUUUGGGUGCGCCAAGGUCGAAGCCGAAACAGAUUUCUGCUCGGGCGAUCCGAGAUACCAGUCGCCAGAGACUUUCAAGGCCCUCGUUGCCUCGUUGAAAGGGCACACAACACUGGGCUUGGCUGGUGAGAUCAGCUUUCCGGCAGACAUAUGGUCCCUCGGGGUCACACUCUUCGAGCUUCUGAGUGGAGGUGUCAUCCCCUUUGUGUACGAAGCAGCUCGACUGGAAGACGUCACUCAUUACCCCAAUCAGUGGGAGAAGCUGAAGAAGGGUGUGCUGGAAGAGGAGUUGCAGCUUCAGCCACACCUCGAAGGCAUUUCGGAAUCGGCUACAGACUUGCUGAUGCGGAUGCUCCACAAGGAGCCUGACGGCAGGCCAACUGCUGCCGAGAUGCUGAAGGACACUUGGUUUCAAACGAGUCCGACCUACGGCCGCAAGAUCAGCAAGCAAGCUCUGUCGAAGCUAGAAUUCAAGAAGAGCAAGGGCAUGGCUCACAUGAUCCUGCUGAAUGCACUGGCCACCAAGCUUCAGCGUGACCACUACGCUGAAAGCUGGAAGGUGUUCCAAAAAGUGGAUGCUGACCACAAUGGGAGCAUCUCCAUAGAGGAAUUCCGCGCGGCGUGCACUCAGCUCGACAUGAGCCAAUGGUGUCCAUGCUCACAGGCCUCUCGCAUGGGAGGUCGGCGGACGAGUGUCAGCAUCGUUGCUGACACUUUGUUCGAGAUCGCAGACGUCGACGACGACGGCAGCCUCAAUUUUCCAGAGUUUGUGGCUGUCACUUUCGACUGGUCCUCCUUGGACAAGAAGGCGCUCCAUCAAACGCUGAAGCGCCUCUUCGACCAAAUGGACAAAAACCAUGACCAGAAGGUGAGUUACGAAGAGCUGGCGGGUAUUUUCCAAGGAGCCUUAAGCACAGAGGAGGUGAAACGGGCUUUCUCCAGGAUUGACCUGCAUGGGACCAACUAUCUCACCUUUGAAGAGCUGGAUACAUUCUUGUUUAGCGCGCUAUCUGCCGAAGACAUGGAGAAAUAUUGCUCGCCGGAUUGCCUUCUCCGCAUGUCUUCCUCCCGGCGAAGCCUUCGCUAUUGGCAGAAUCCUCUCAGUCCGCUCUUUCCUCGAAAGCGCAACGACAAGGAGUCUGCGCAAAUGGCUGCCCGGAACUUGUUUCGCAACCUCGGCACGUGCCUGACAUGUAUAUGUCCCGGUCUGUAA